AAAGGAGGGAAGGAGGGAGGCCGGGCAGGUGUUGCAAUCCCAGCCCCCGGCCUGUCAGAGGCCGAGCCAUUAACGACAGGGCUUGGGGAGAGAAGCUGGACUGCGGCUGUUUUCAGGAACCUGCCCUGCAUUGGAGAGGCCCGCAGGCUCCAACAUGGGGAAACUGAGACUUGGAAAGGUGAAGUAACUUAUCCAAGGCCAUAGAGCUGGCACAGUCACCACCACCCUAUGACACCGAGCCCCAGAGGCCUGUGCCCAGAACUGGGGGUAUACUGGAAAACUUGGUGGCCCGCCUCACAUCUGCUCAGUCCACCUCUCCCUCCGGCCAUCACAGCCAGCUUUCCGUGAGCACCAAGCUGGCGCCAUGGUGGGGCCGGGAACCUGGAGCCUGACCCGAGCUGCCCUGAUCAUCUUUCUGCUCCACGGAAGCUUUCAGAAGGACCCAGGCAGCAAAGGGAUUGAGAAGGAAGCCACAAGAAGGCAGAUGACACCCUGAAAUAAGGAAGCCCAAACAGAACUCUCCAACCAUGGAAACUGCCUCAGGAGGUGGAGAGUUUCCCAUCUCCAGGGGUGAGGCCAAGAUUGAGGGAUGCCAGAGAGCAGGGGCCUCGAGCAGUGCGGGCACAUCAGACUGUCUGCCCCGAUCGUCCGCCUAGGGGAUCCUGUCACAGCUUCUUGCAUCUUUGGCCAGAACUGCAGCCACGUGGGCCCAGAGUCACAGAUUCUGUGGAAACUGGGAGCAGAGCUUCAACUCAGGGGGAGGCAGCAGCACCUUCCUGAUGGAACCCUGGAGUCCACCAUCACCCUGCCCCACCUCAACCACACUCAGGCCUUUCUCUUCUGCUGCCUGCUCUGGAACAAUCGCCUGCAGAUCCUAGAUCAGGCUGAGCUGCAGGCCGGCUACCCUCCCAGCCCACCUCAUAACCUGUCCUGCCUCAUGGACCUUAAAACGAAUAACCUUACCUGCCAGUGGGAGCCAGGACCUGACACUCACCUGCCCACAAGCUUCACCCUAAAGAGCUUCAAGAGCCGGGGCAACUGCCAGACCCCAGAGGAUCCCAUCCCAGACUGCGUGCCCAAGGCUGGGCAGAGCCGCUGCUCCAUCCCACGCAAACACCUGCAUUUGUACCAGAAUAUGGGCAUCUGGGUGCAGGCGGAGAAUGCGCUGGGGACCAGCAAGUCCCUGAAGCUGUGCCUUGAUCCCAUGGAUGUCGCAAAACUGGAGCCACCCACGCUGUGGGCCCUGGACCCCAGCUCGGAGGUGGCCCCAGCCCCGCCUGACUGCCUGCGGUUGUGCUGGGAGCCGUGGAAGGGAAGCCAGUUCAUGGACCAGAAGUGCGAGCUGCGCUACCAGCCGUGGCUUGGAGCAGCCAGCUGGGCCCUGGCGGCCCCCCUGCUCCCCAACGCCCUCCAGCACGAGCUCUGUGGGCUCCUCCCCGCCACAACCUACACCCUGCAGAUGCGCUGCAUCCGCGAGCGCCUGCCCGGCCACUGGAGCGACUGGAGCCCCAGCCUAGAGCUGAGCACAGCAGAACUGGCCCCCGUCAUCAAAAUGGACACGUGGUGGCGGCAGAGGCAGCUGGAUCCCAGGACAGUGGAUGUGCAGCUGUUCUGGAAGCCAACGCCCCUGGAGGAAAACAGGGGGCAGAUCCAAGGAUAUCUGGUCUCCUGGAGACCCCCUGGCCAGGAUGAGGCAGUCCUUCCCCUGUGCAACACCACAGAGCUCAACUGCACCUUCCACCUGCCUCCAGAAGCCCGGGAGGUGGCCCUCGUGGCCUACAACACGGCCGGGACUUCACGCCCCACCCCAGUGGUCUUCUUGGAGAGCAGAGGCCCACCCCUGGCCGGACUCCAUGCCCUGGGCCGAGACCCUCACAGCCUCUGGGUGGGCUGGGAGCCCCCCAGCACACAGCCUCGGGGCUAUGUGAUUGAGUGGGGCCUGGGCCCCCCCAGCACCAGCAGCAGCAGUAAGACCUGGAGGAUGGAGCAUAAUGGGACCAUCACGGGGACGCUGCUGCAGGAGAACAUUGGGCCUUUUCAGCUUUAUGAGAUCACUGUGAUGGCCCUAUAUCAGGACUCCGUGGGACCCUCCCAGCACAUCUAUGCCUAUUCCCAAGAGAAGGCCCCCUCCCAUGCCCCAGAGCUGCAUCUAAAGCACAUUGGCAAGACAUGGGCCCAGCUGGAGUGGGUGCCCGAGGCCCCUGGGUUGGGGAGAAGCCCCUUUACCCACUACACCAUCUUCUGGACCGAUGCUCAGGACCAGUCCUUCUCUACUGUCCUGAAUGCUUCCUCCCAUGGCUUUGUCCUCCACGGCCUGGAGCCUGCCAGCUUGUAUCACGUCCACCUCAUGGCCACCAGCCGGAUUGGGGCCACCAACAGUACAAGCCUCACCCUGAUGACCUUGGCCCUGGAGGAGUCAGAGCUGCACAUCCUCCUGGGCCUGUUCGGCCUCCUGCUCUUGUUCACCUGCCUCUGUGGGGCUGCCUGGCUCUGCUGUAGCCCCAGGAGGAAGAAUCCGCUCUGGCCAAGUGUCCCAGACCCAGCCCACAGCAGCCUGGGCUCCUGGAUGCCCUCCAUCAUGGCAGAGGAGACCUUCCAAUUGCCCAGCCUUCGGGACCCCAGCAUGCCGCCCAUCGCCAAGAUCACGGUGCUGGAGGAGGAAGAAAAGAAGCCAGGGCCCUGGGAGUCCAGCGACAGCUCGGGGACCUGUGGCCUCCCCACCCUGGUCCAGGCCUAUGUACUCCAGGGAGACCCAAGAGCAGUUUCCACCCAGCCCCAGCCCCGGCCCAGCAGUGACCAGGUCCUUUACGGGAAGGUGCUGGGCAGUCCCACAGGGUCGGGACCAGGGCACUACUUCCGCUGCGACUCCACCCAGCCCCUCUUGGGAGGCCUCACCCCUAGCCCCAAGUCCUACGAGAACCUCUGGUUCCAGACCAGUCCCCUGGGGGCCCCAGUGGCCCCAUCUCCAAGCCAGGAAGAUGACUGUGCCUUUGGACCACUACUUGACUUCCCCCUGCUGCAGGGGCUCCAGGUCCAUGGGGUGGAGGAGCUGGAGGGCUUCUAG